GGAGUUUAAAAUUACUCUAGCACCAGAUAAAUUCAACAAUAGAAAAUCUUAAAAAGGAAAUUAGCAAGUUGUGCGCUUUUUCAGGAAUUCAACUUCUCACCUUGUAGUUUUUUUGCUUUCUUAUUCAAAAUUAAUCACGUAGCUUGUUUUAGAAAAACACUGUACAAUAAAAUCACAUAAAAGUGACAGCAACUAAAGACAGUCUUACGCGCGGAUCCUCCUUACAGAGGUGUAACGCUGCAUUACUUUAAGUAGAAAAAAAUAAACAUUUAUUUCAAUUUUCUAAUAUAUUUCCAACCAAAAGGUUUCAAAGCACUCGAACUUUUCCUUGUUGAUAGCUAGACAAAUUAAAUAAGUACUUUUUUAUUGCUUCUUUUUAUUUGCCGUAGUCUCAUCGUAGUCAUUUAACAUUUCUAUUCUUUACCUAUUUUCUGUAACUUUCCUCUGCGAGAACACUUAAUUACUGUCGGUUGUCCAAAAAGAGGGAGUGAGAAUAGUAUCUGAACUUAAAGCAAGCCUUUUGGUGGUGGUUUUUUUUCUUUUAUAGACAAGGGGAGGGUGACGGGUUUUUCCCUUUUUCAGGUAAUCGAACAAGGAAUAAGCUGACAACUCUUUCUCAAGUUGGAACUUUUUGAUUGGUAAUCCUCACUCAUUCAUUUUUUUACUUUAAAAAGCAAGUAUUUCUUUCUUUCUUGUUGUUUGGGUAAAGUGAUAUCAUUUUAUCAUAUCUAUAACUGUUAAAGGAAUACUUCGGUUGCUUUUUGUCUCGUUUUUGAUAGGCCUUUUAUUCACAUUUGGAAAUUUCCAUUAUUUAUUUUUUUGAGUAGGUUGAAAAGCGCGUACGCUACUGGAACUACCUACAUUAAUUUGCUGAGUGGUGAUAAAAGAGAAAGCUGCGAAAGAAAGUGGCGAGUAAUAUUGUCCUUAGUGGAGAUGGUCGACAAGAAGGGCAAUGCCUUUAGAAAGAAGAACUGUCGAACUAAACCGCGAUCGCACAACGUUAUAAAGAACGUCACAAGAGAUGCUGCACCAGUUCGAACAACAGUAAAUGAUAGAUUACACGAGCGCCCAUCUGCGCGACCAACCCCCUCCAAUAGUGGUUCGUUUCUGGAGAGUGAGGUUCUUACGAGACCACCACCAACCGUUUCAAACUCUGCACACCUUUCCGUGGAGCCUUGUUCGGUCGAUGAGACGGGCAAGGUGCUGUCUGGAGGGGCGAUGGUGGCGAAUGGCCACACGACGGCCCCGUUUCUUCGAGGGGUCGACCUAUCUCACAUCAAUUUAGGCGUUUCGAGUGUCACUACAACUUUGACCAAAGGAAAACGAAUACAUUCACAGCCCCCACGAGGAGGUAUUAGGGGUUGGGUGGAUCUUUCAACGAGAUUGAAUAACUCAGCAACAGUGAUACCUGUGGAUACCCCGUUUACGAUGCCGACAAUCUCUUCUGUUCCACAGGCUGUGCCUGAUCCGCAGCAGCUCCUCAAGCAAACAAUCCCAGUGGAGACGCCCGCUUUGCAGAGCAGCAGCGGCGGCGCGAGUCUUAAGAGUGAUCUAGGCAUUCAACACGGCUGUGGUAUUCCUCCCCAUGAGGGCGCCGGCAGCCGCGAGGCAGGUGCCCUCCCUUAUACGAAAAAUGACAAAAUUGACAAGAGGCACAGUUGCACGGAUGAGAUGUCAGUCGCUGGCGCAGUCGACGUGGCUGCCCCCACCUCAUCCAAAGGCCCUGUUAUGCAUACUGACUGUGUUCCGCAGUGCCCACCGCCGCUUGUGGCUGAAAUAACCGAAGUUUCUGGGCCUCCGAGGCUGCUCCAGCCCAUGCCAGGUACGGAAUCAUACGGUCGAGACCUCAAGGACGGAGAUGCGAUACUGGGUAAAGCAGCUCCGCCGUCAUUACCCCCAGCAGCCAUAGUACCAAUUCCCGCUACCGCUCUGCCGGACAAUGCGCAGCCCACUUCCAUCACAGGUUCCACCGGCACCUUCGUGCCUAGGAAUCCGCCUUGUGUAACCUCUGGUUUCGUGGCUUCCACCACUCCCGGUCAAACGCCUUUUCUCCACCGUCCUCGUUCUGAUUCGAUGAGUUUCACCCCAGAGGUGGGUUCUUCCCUCAGCAGUCUUGUGGAGCGCGAGGUGCUUGCCUAUCUUAUGCUUUCAUUAACUGGGCUGCAUCGUCGCCGUAAUCAGCUUCGACGCCUUGUGGAAUACCUCACUAAGGCCAUUCGACAUGCCGGACAGGCCCAGCAACGGAGCUACGGCGCCAUUCGUUAUUACAUAUUUGGAAGUGUCAACAUGCGCACGGUGCUGCCAGAAGGAGACAACGACGUUACCAUCGAGGUGGAGGGGCUUUUACCACCCGAUGCUGUCACGAUUGAUUUCGUUGGAUCCUUAUCGACGGGGGGGCGGGCUAGCAAUGAUGCGAUCUCACCGCAACGCGGCGCGGCGCGUCAGACCGCGGUCGGGUCCACCGCGUCGCUGUCGGUGUCGGCAGAUUGCGUUGGCAGCGGGAUCCCACUUCCCCCUAUCACCACAGACAGUAGCUCGGGCAACCGAGAGGGCACGCUGCAUCUCAGUACUACGGCAAGUGGCAAGCCGAUCCUGGCACCACCAGCGGCGCUUGGUAUCUCGUCUGGCGAUCUACUCUCACGAAUGCGGGAGUACCUGCAAAACAGGUCCCCCAUCUACGUCGAUACCCUUGUCAUGGCCGAGGUUCGAGUUCUGAAGCUGCUGAUGGAGGGCAGCUCCUACGAUGUGACAAUUGGUCAGUUCGGUGGCGUCAAUUGUGUUCGUUUCCUCCAUGAGAUGGACGCGGUUAUCGGGGGCCAGCACCUGUUAAAGCGCACGCUGCUGCUGCUCAAGUCGUGGUGUUGCUAUGAAGCACACGUUCUGGGUGGCCAGGCGGGCUACAUUGGCUCCUACGCCGCCACGGUGAUGCUUAUUUCGUUGAUUAACACCGUGGAGUUUUUCGAGGAUUUGACGGAGGACCCCCAGAGCAGCGCACCAGUACACGCUGCUGUGCGCAGCGAAGCGAACGCUGCCCAGUCCGAUGAGAAGGAGUCGAAUACGUCCGACGCGGCGGGUCGCUGGGGAGGGGAGGAGACGGUGGCCGCGACGUCCGCCGUGCCGGACCGUGUAACCCCAUUGAUACUCUUCGCUCGCUUUCUGAAAUUCUUCUAUUAUUUUGACUAUGAUCAUUAUUGCGUGACGGCCUUCGGGCCGCUGCGGCUGACAGGCAUCACCUCCACGCCGUACGAUCUCAGUCAGCUGGAGGUGGACUCGGCGCAUAAAACGCCACACCCGAACAGGGCGAAUGUCAAUACACAUUUUCUGGGCCUUACACCAGAGGGCGAGGCGGCUAUUGGGCACCUCAUUCGCCGCCGUCGCCAGCCGUUACUUACUGUCAGUGGCGUGAAGCAUCUGCUGGAUGAGAUGAAUACUUCGCGCGCGUUGGAGCGCAUGCGGUGGUAUGAGGAGCGGCAGUCUGCGCGAACCAAAUCUCACCCUAACUCGGUGGGUGCAGGCGCCAGUGGUGAAUCUUCAUCCGAGAUACACCGACCCGUACAGCUUAACCGCCGUGGCAAUGUCGAGGAGGAUGUUCAUUUGAUUUGCCCAUCCUGUACCACCGCACUUUUCCCAGUGCGUCCUAUGAAUGUUCUUGACCCGCUGCGGUGGAGCAGCAAUAUGGUGCGUGGGGUUUGUCGCAACCACCUUCAGCGCAUCCGUCGUGCCUUUCAGGAGGGACUUCGUCUACUUCAGGCUUCCUCCGACAAGCUGUCCUGUCCCAAGACCGAAUUACCUUUUUUCAACGGUGGCAGUGAUAAGGCGGAGGUCACAGCUACCUGCGUGCCCCCGAGACCGGCCUCUUCAAACGGAGGCAGUAGUUUCAGCAGCGGCGGCACCUCCUCGUUUGGCGUCCAUCAGUCGCAGCUGCCGCAGUCGCCUAUGAAGCAGGGCGGCACCUCGGGCUACGUACCCAAUACCACCGCCGCCCCAUCGGCGAGCCAGGUCGAUCUACCCUUGCCCGGCUAUCCAUCCCCGUUCUCCCGGCUCACUUACCGCGAGGUGGAGGUCCUUCAGGUCCUCUUUGGCAACACCAUCAGCGCGAUCCAGCGGAACAGCACCCUCAACUGCCCAUGGGGGCAGGAGGAGGGGCCGCCGCGCGGCAUCGCCCUGCCGCAGUGCCCGACCUGCCGACACCCCUCCGUCCUCUGCACGCCGGACAUCCACCAGAUGUGCGAGCCGGCCUGUGUGAGUGUGGAGGACGAGCCGCCGGGGCAGCACGUGGGCGGGCCGCUAGGGGACGCCCUCGUUCCCCCGCCCUCCCCCCCGGCGGCCUCCCUUCUGCCCCCUUCCCAGCCUCAACCUCAGCGCUUUACGCCGGCCGUCAACGGCGUCGGCCACCCGGCGUUGGGGCGCCAUGGGAAGCCGCAGCCCGCGGGCCCGCCUUGGCGUCCCGCGAUGGGGUGGGAUGGGCCCCCCUCGUCCAAGCAGGGGGUGCCCGGUAACCCCGCCGUGAGUUGA